AUGGGGAUGAGGUAUGAAUAUAAUCAAAAUAUCCGGUGUCCUGAAUUUCCCUAUUGCCAUUGGAGGUUCAUAACCACUGGGGAAGAAAUAUCAAUCAGCCUCUCUUCCUCUUUCACCACGUCAAUAGCUGCAACCCCCUGUUCUCCUCAACCAAUUAGCUGCUUUACAUCCACACAAAAGCAAAGUUCUCGUACCAACAAUUUAUGCAGUCAGAAGAUUCUCACAGGAGGCAAAUUCUGCUUUCUGAAGGUUAAGGCUUCAGCCUCAAAGCGUUCAAUUGAUGAACCAAGAAGAAAACCAAAUAGUCUAUUAUGUGCAGACUGUAAUGGAAAUGGUGCAGUUCCCUGCUCCCAGUGCAAGGGUAAUGGGGUGAACUCUGCUGAUUAUUUCAACGGGAAGUUUAAAGCUGGUGAUUCUUGUUGGCUUUGCGGGGGAAAGAAGAAUAUGCUAUGUGGAAAUUGCAAUGGAGCUGGCUUCAUUGGAGGCUUCAUGACCUCGUCUGACACUUGAAAUUGGAAGCUUAUAUCCAAUAUACAAGGGCACAAUGCAAAAUAUGCUCAUAGCAGAUUAAGUGCCUUGUGAGUCCAUUAUCUGCAAUAUAUACUGUCCUUGUCUGCUUGAACAUGUUCUAGAAUGCAAAGGAGAAGAUUAAAGGGAUAAAUUCAGGUCAUGUAAUUAUUUAGUGCAGGGAUAGGUGGCUGGCUACUUUUCUUUAUCAAUUAUCACAGAGUCAUGUAUGCCUGUGUUAUGUUUUCAAGAAGAAGAAGAAUUGAAGAACGUUCCGAAAGGGACCCUCGUACAAAUGGUGAUAAUUCUCUUGUUCUGUCAAGAGUUUGAGAAAGUAUAUCUAC